UGUCGCUGUUUCUUUCUUAACCUAAGUUUUUAUUUUUGUUUUUAAUCCGCUAAAAAAACCUGUUGUUUACCUCGCAUGUGAAAAUUGAUAAUUUUAAGUUUAUAACGAAACGUAAAAUCAAAUGUGCUCGUUAAUUGCAUGACAGAUCGAAGAGUGUAAUUAUUGUGAAAAAAAAAAAAAAAAAAUGGCCACAAGUCCAGAAAUUCAAGGCAAAAUUAUUCAAUUCGAGGCAUUUAUAAAUGAUCGUCUCCGAGUGGAUCUCACCGAAUUAGAGGAGAAAUUAAACACGAAAAAUUCCGAUCUUGCCGAAUUUAUUCAAUUGAAAUGCGUCAUUAAUACAUGGAAGGAUACGGAGGCUGAUAAAAAUGGCUUUAAAACAAAAGUCGAAAUGGGAUGCGGUUAUUUUGUUCAAGCAUCAGUUGAAGAUGUUCAAAAUAUUCUACUACACAUUGGUUUAAAUCAUUAUGUGGAAUUUUCACUCGACGAUGCACUUGUUGUUAUUAAUGUUCGAAUCAAAUUGUUGGAGAAACAAAUUGAAAAUUUACGAAAUCAAGUUUCCCUAACUAAUGCUCACAUUAAACUUCUCCUACUUGGAAUUGGAGAAUUACAGAAUAAACCCUCAGAUUCCUAGAUUUUUGUUUCCUAUUUUUCUUCAUUCUCUCUGUUUUCUCUGUAUUUUUUUUUUAAUCAACAAAAAGAAUGUAAAUACAAGCAUUGUACAUAAAUAAAGUCUUCUACUUUUCUUUAAA